UGCAGCCAAAAAAAAAACACAAACUCGAAAACGACGCCGUCGACGACCAGCACCAGCAUCACCAAAAAAUGAAUACUUUCCGGUCAAACGUGAACAAAAAGUACUGUUCCUACUUCGAGUGUGGCAAUAACUCUGUCACCAAUCCGACGGUAACGUUUUUCGCUUUCCCCAAACAGCCAGAUCGUUGUGAAACAUGGGUAAAGGCAGCUGGCGUACCCGAACAUUUGGUGGAAAACCGUAUGCAUCGCUUCCUGUGCGAACGGCAUUUUCCCAACAUUUACAUUUGUCGCAGCCAGCGACGGACGUUGCUGCUGGCGAACGCUGUUCCCUAUCCGUACAAAGAACCGGGUGAGGAGUCGGAUCAAGAAGAAGAGCUGGAAAUAAUGGAAGAUCUUGUGGAGGACACCACCGUGGACUCGGGGGACAUGCUUGAAGCUUUUCACGACGAUAAAGAUUCCAUGGAUGACCAGCAGGAGACUGAACCUGUGAUAAUCAAUGCAAACAAAUUGCUGCCUGCAAUCGGAACCAUCAACGAACGGGUUACAUUGAACAUCCAACCCUCUACGUCUCGGAUGGAUUAUAGUCGUAAGCGGAAUGCAGUGGCUGUCAAAAUUGCGGAUAUGAAAGUGAAACUGUCGACUUCUCAAAACGAGCCCACUAUCGGUUCCCCAAUCACCCUCAACAAGGACACGAAUAUCAAGACGGUACAAUUGGAUGGUAGCACCGUGCGUCUUGUACCAGCACCAAAAAUGCUCCGAUUAACGCCAGUCGGUUCACAGAAAGAAAGGAGCGAGGAAAAGCCAGCGAAAGAGGUGUGCAUCAGAGCAGCACUUAAAUCGCCCGUCUCAUCGUCCACGAAUGCAAUCGAAAUCAUUGAACAGAACGAUGACACUUCCGCAUCGAAAAGCAGUGACGAUACGGUGCUGGAAAAGGACGAUAAAAUCAGCGAAUUCAUCUUCAAGGGCGAGGAGUACGUGCAGAUGCCGAAGGAGCACUAUCUGAAGCAAAUUAACAGACUGAAACGUAGUGCGGCGUUUUACCAGAAUAUUGUAAGAAAUAUGCGGGAGUUACUUGAUCAAGCGGAUCCAACAAGUGCGUUGGAUUGUUAGUAAGGCAGUAAGCAUUACCGGUACACAUUAAGCAUAGUGGCAGACAUCGUUAGGGUAGGCGCCCAGGAACGUUCAGAUAAUCUAAGCUUGAAACUACAAAGCAAAGAUCCCGAUGGAUCAAUCAUUACAAUACACGGACACAUAUACAUAAUAGCACAUGGACAUGAGAAGAGAUUAGUAGGAUGUUUGUCCAUUACAAAGAACUGAUAGGAAAAAGCAUGUGUUGAAUGAACAGCAUUACAAGUAACAGCAAACUCUGUUAUUAAAAUUUUCUUCCUAUGAACUUUAAUGAUCUGUAACGAAACGAAAUUUGUUGAAAAUGUAGUUUUCUCCAGAUCAUAA